UAAUGGAGGCAACUUAGACAGAAGCAGGCGCGGCCCCUCGUCUCUCGGCGCUGCCUGCUCCCCCCGCACCGGGCGCGGCGCUCCCCGCCGAGCAGCCGCCCGAGCGCCGCCGGGCCCGCGGGACUGCCUGGCCGCUUGCGCUGCCCCGAUGAUGUUACCGAGCCCCGUCACCUCCACACCCUUCUCUGUCAAAGACAUCCUCAACCUGGAGCAGCAGCAGGACCCGCACUAUGGGGCCCAGCUCCCGCACCACCUGGAGCACCACUUCCACCCCGCUGCCUGCCUGCUGGCGGCCGCCGACGGCGCCCGCUUCUCCGACGGCGAGGAGGAAGAGGAGGAGGAAAAGCUCUCCUACCUGAGCCCCAUGGCAGCGCCCGGCAGCCAGGCGGACGCGCGGAUCUCCGCCGACAACUACGUUCACGCCGUGCUGCGUAGCUCCUGCGAGGCUCCCGAAAAAGCAGGGACCAGGAGCUUGCAGCUCAAGCCAGGGAGCAGAGGAUGGGCACAGCACACAACCAGGAGGACCCAGGCUGCAGAGCAGUGGCUGUGGCUGCUCUGUGCCAGGGACAUCCAGACCUGCCAGGCAGCCAUCAAAAAUCCCACAGGUGGUCAUUCAGCUUCCCUCACCACCCUGAGGAACCAGGGCAAGAGAGAUGUGUAG